GUUUUUAGAUUCGAGAGUCGGUUUUCGAUGUUUGAGAUCCCGGGUUCGUUCGUUUUUCAUUGAUCCUUGGACUUGGUUGCUUGCGCUCAGUUCACGAUCUGGGACAUUUUCAAGUCUUUUGUGGGUGGUUUUGUUUGGAUGCCGAGAAAUUGGAGAACAUCUGCUAUGUUUGUUUUCUGCAUUUUGGAAUUUUGAUGGUGUCUUUCCGGUUUCCGAGAAAGCGAGGGAAAAUGAAUUUGCUCUCCUGUAUCUGGGAUUUUAGUCGCAUGUUCGAAAAUGCAGGAAACAGUUACUGUCCCACGUUGGUUAAUUAUUCCCUUUUCAACCAUAAUUUAGAUGAUUUGACCGGAAGACAAGAAACUGAUGCCUGUCUGGACAAGGAGCCAGACCGUGCGACAGUUUAUGCCGAUGGUGAUCUGAAUGGACCAAACCAAGUAGUUUCCGAUCCUUCCCUUCAUUCAGAGUUACAAGAGAAUGCCAACAAAAGUCCAGAAGAGAACUCUGAAGGAAAUGAACAUGACGUGAAAGAAUGCACUGAUACAGCUCCGGUUGGUAAGGUAUCAGAAGACAGGAAUAUCGAGAAAAUUGCCUCAGAAAAGAGCAUUGGUGGUUCCAAUUCAGUAAAUAAGUCAAAUUUAUCUUCAAAACAUGCAACAAAACCGGGCUGCAGAAGUAACAGAACGAAGAACACUGUUCCACAGCCGUUUGCUUUAGCAACUGAAAAGCGUGCAUCAUCUGGGUUUCGUUCAUUUAUGGGUGAAUGUGAUACAACAGCCGGAUCAAGAAAGUUGUCCAAUGGGUACGGUAUAGUACAAAAUCGUGUGUCAAAGAUGCCUAGGAAGCCAUUGCAGCCUAAAAACAAGAAGCAUUCUGACGAGGAAGAUUCUUGUUCUGUCUCAUCUUACUUAACAUCGGUUGCACGGACUGUCACGUCAAGAUCUACAGUUAUCACAACACCUGUGUUCCGAUCCACUGAACGGGCAGAGAAAAGGAAGGAGUUCUAUAUUAAACUGGAGGAGAAGCAACAAGCUUUGGAGGCUGAGAGAACGCAGAGUGAAGCAAGGAACGAGGAAGAAAGCAAGGCGGCUAUAAGGCAACUAAGAAAGAGUUUGAUGUUUAAAGCAAACCCGAUGCCAAGCUUCUACCGUGAAGGGCCUCCUCCAAAGGUUGAACUUAAGAAGUCAACUCCAACUCUGGCGAAAUCUCCGAAGCUUGGAAGGAGGGAGAGCAAUGGCGAUGCCCUUAACCGAAGCAAAGGAAACAAAACAAAACAAAAGGGUUUGUUUCCUGAAGUGCAUAACUUUGAAAACCAUUAACCUCACCCAAAGAUGAGCACUCUGACCAGGCAACAGAAGGGUUCGUCCUGUUCCAGAUAAACCGCCAUUGUGGACCAGAGAUUGGUUCAUGGUGCUGAUAUAAUACAUAUAUAUGUGUAUAUGUAUAUGUAUAUGCGUGUCAGCCUUCUGAUCUUAUGUGAGAGAGGAGCAUAGAUCUUGGAGGAUAUGCGAGUCUCUGUUGUUGUUUUGUUUUAAGCUGUGGCUGUUUUUGUUUUUAACUUGUGUUUGUUGCAAGUGUAAAGUGUCUGUAAUAUAAUAAUUAUGCCUUUUUUUUUUCUUUAAAGUGAAUUGUUAAAGUUUUCAUUUAA